GUGACGUCAGCAAUCACUUACAGCAAGGAAAAUGGCGUCCAGUUCGUCUCGUAAUCCUCCUCCUUUCCCUGCAAACGACGAGCCAGGAGAGGGAUUGCCAGACUUGGCAGAUGGAGACAGUGACGAGGGAGAAGAUAUUUUUGUUAGCAAUAGUAAAUCCGUGAGUCGAGGAGUGUCUCAGCCCGAGCAAGGAGGCGAGCUCCCCGGGGGUGAUACGAGCAGCCGCACCAGUAAUCAGUCCAACGGAGUCAACUCUGACGACGACAACGAUCUGUUUGCCGACGCUCAACUAAGCACAGACAAAUCAUGCAGCACUGCCCGAAAAGAGCUCUCCAGCUCCUCUGGCUCUCGUCCCACCGCCUCGAUUUCGCCGAGUCCUGCUGCCGUGCCAGCCACCUCCUUGGAACAGUGCCACUCCACCCUGGAGGAGAACGAGGACAAGGAUACGUUUGAUGUGGAUGUUGCUGUCACCAACCCAGAGAAAGUCGGUGAUGGUAUGAAUGCGUAUGUGGCCUACAAAGUAUCCACAAGGACCUCUUUGUCCUUGUUCAGGAAUAAGACCUUCUCAGUAAGGAGGCGCUUUAGUGACUUCCUUGGACUUUAUGAGAAGCUGUCAGUCAAACAGUCACUUCAGGGUUGCAUCAUUCCAUUGCCACCAGAGAAAAGUGUUGUAGGGAUGACGAAAGUGAAAGUGGGGAUGGAUGAUCCAUCGUCAGUGGAAUUUGUGGAAAGACGACGAGCUGCUCUUGAGAGAUAUCUGCAGAGAGUUGUGUCUCACCCUUUGCUGAUACAAGAUCCUGAUGUGCGAGAAUUUCUAGAGAGAGAAGAUUUACCCAGAGCAUCAAACACACAGGCUCUGAGUGGAGCCGGCUUUCUUAAAAUGAUCAAUAAGGCAUCUGAAGCUGUCAACAAGAUGACCAUCAAGAUGAAUGAGUCUGACACUUGGUUUGAGGAUAAAUUGCAGGAGGUAGAGAACGAGGAACAGCAGUUAAGGAAGCUCCAUGCUGUGGUGGACUCAUUGGUCAAUCACAGGAAGGAGCUAUGUGGAAACACUGCAGUAUUUGCCAAAAGUAUGGCCAUGCUGGGGAACUCUGAAGACAACACAGCUUUGUCCCGGGCCCUGUCCCAGCUGGCAGAAGUAGAAGACAAGAUGGAGCAGCUGCACCAGGAGCAGGCUUCUAGUGACUUCUUCAUAUUUGCCGAGGUGCUGGCAGACUACGUCCGUUUGCUGGGUGCUGUGCGGGGCUGUUUUGACCAGCGCAUGCGGGCGUGGCAGCGGUGGCAGGAGGCGCAAAGCGCACUCCAGAAGAAGAGGGAAGUGGAGGCCAAACUGCUGUGGGCUAACAAGCCCGACAAACUGCAGCAAGCCAAGGAGGAAAUCACGGAGUGGGAGGCUAAAGUUACUCAGUACGAGCGAGAGUUCGACAGGAUCGGCAUGACUGUACGCAAGGAAGUCCUUCGGUUUGAAAAAGAAAAAGCCAAGGACUUGAAGACCCAGAUCGUUAAGUAUUUGGAGGCAAUGCUCCAGUCUCAGCAAAGGCUUAUCAAGUUUUGGGAGGCUUUCCUUCCUGAAGCCAAGGCAAUAGCUUAAUGAAUGAGGAGGGAGACUUUUUACAACCCAUCUGCCUUUUGUGAACACUUGACCUCGACCACGAACAGAGAGGACCAUUUUGAAACACAAAAAAAGACUUCAAUCCAAUUUACGCUUGUCUUCUGUAUUCUCAAAUCUUGUACAGUUAUUUGAUACGGAUGCGCUGUGUAAAUCCUUGUUUAUAUUCCCUACUUCAAAAUGCAGUGAAUGAGAUUAAGGAAAGAUUAGCUGGGCUAUAGUAUUUGUGUUAAGGAAGUGUGGGUGGGUACCUAUACAAUGUAUUUGUCACAGUUUGAAACCAUGUAAAAGUUUACACUGAGGUACCAACCUAAAGUAACACAUGGUUUACAUGUAUGGUCAGAUAUAGGACAGACGUUCCAUCCUACUGAUGGGUGGACGGCAGAUUGUUUUGAUGCAAUUAAAUGUAUUGCACAAGUAAAAAAGACAUUUUUUUAAAUACUAUGCCACUAUUAUUCACAGGGCAUCUUGACUAAAAAUCCUAGAGCAUUGUUACUACGUAUCACACACUACAUUUGAAAACAUCUAAUUGCUAUAAUAACAGGGUGAUAGGCUUGCCAGAGUUAUAAUAGUUACAUGUAGAAAACUGGUAGGUUUAUUGAUGAAGUUAUCAGUCACAGUGGGAAUGAUGAUGAACUCUAUAGUAAAAAAAAAAAUACAA